UCUCUGCCCUUCCCUCCCAUGACUUUUUGAAUCCCUCUGCCUCCCUUUCCUUGACUUCAAAGCUGUUUCUGAAGACUGGGAUGGUGGAAAACUACAGGAAUCCUUCCAGCAGCUCUUGAGGGAGAUUGGAAUUGGCUCAAGGGUGUCCUUUGAAAAAGCUCCAGACAAAGUACAAGUCUGUUGGUUGAAUAGUAUCUGGGAAAAUACAUUCUCCCCUGUGGAAGUAAAGUUUACAGUUCAACUGGAAAUACAGACUUUGAAGAACUGUUUUAUUUGAAGAAACAGACACCGGAUUGCAAGCAGCACGUUGAGAUGUCUGGCUCGUACGAUGAUUCUGUUGGAGUAGAGGUUUCCAGUGAUAGCUUCUGGGAGGUUGGAAACUAUAAGCGGACAGUGAAACGUAUUGAUGAUGGUCAUAGACUUUGCAGUGAUCUUAUGAACUGUAUUCAUGAGCGUGCAAGGAUAGAAAAGGUCUAUGCUCAGCAAUUAACAGAAUGGGCAAAAAGAUGGAGACAGCUUGUAGAAAAAGGGCCACAGUAUGGAACUGUUGAAAAGGCUUGGCAUGCAUUUAUGUCUGAAGCUGAAAAAGUAAGUGAACUACAUUUAGAAGUAAAAGCUUCUCUAAUGAAUGAAGACUUUGAAAAGAUAAAGAACUGGCAGAAGGACUCCUUUCACAAGCAGAUGAUAGGUGGAUUUAAGGAAACUAAAGAAGCUGAAGAUGGAUUUAGGAAAGCUCAGAAACCGUGGGCAAAAAAGUUAAAAGAGAUGGAAACUGCUAAGAAGGCAUAUCAUGCAGCCUGUAAGGAGGAAAAACUUGCUGUAUCCAGAGAAGCUAAUAGCAAAGCUGACCCAGCACUAAAUCCAGAACAGUUAAAGAAACUGCAAGACAAAGUGGAUAAAAGUAAACAGGAUGUGCUUAAGACAAAGGAAAAGUAUGAAAAAUCUCUUAAAGACCUUGACAGUACUACACCUCAGUACAUGGAAAACAUGGAACAAGUUUUUGAGCAGUGUCAACAGUUUGAAGAAAAACGUCUCCGUUUUUUCAGAGAAGUGUUGUUGGAAGUUCAGAAACAUCUUGACUUGUCCACUGUUGCAAGCUAUAAAAAUAUUUAUCGUGAAUUAGAGCAGAACAUUAAAGCAGCAGAUGCUAUUGAAGAUCUAAGGUGGUUCAGAGCUAAUCACGGUCCAGGCAUGUCAAUGAACUGGCCCCAGUUUGAGGAUGAAGACUGGUCUGCUGAUCUGAACCGCACUCUCACUAGAAGAGAGAAGAAGAAAGCUGCAGAUGGGGUGACACUGACUGGUAUUAACCAGACAGGAGAUCAGGUUUCACAGCAGAAAAAUAGCAGCAACCUUAGUGUCCCGAGUAACUCAGUGCAGUCAGUACAGUCAAGUUACAAUCCUUUUGAAGAUGAAGAGGAUACUGGAAGUACUGUCAGUGAAAAGGAGGACAAUAAAAUCAAAAACGUUAGCAGUUAUGAGAAAACAAGCUAUGGUGCAGAGUGGUCUGAUGAAGAGACAAACAAUCCAUUUUCAUCUACUGAUGCCCAAGCAGAAAGUAAUCCAUUUGAUGAGGAUGCCUCCCCUACAAUGGAAGUGAGAGUACGAGCAUUAUAUGAUUAUGAGGGUCAAGAGCACGAUGAACUGAGCUUUAAGACUGGGGAAGAGCUAACUAAAAUAGAAGAUGAAGAUGAACAAGGCUGGUGCAAAGGUCGCCUGGACAAUGGACAAGUUGGCCUCUAUCCAGCAAACUAUGUGGAGCCAAUCCAGUGAUGCAUGAUUUUUAACAGUGCUGUAGUACCUGUCAGCCAGUGUGAUACUUGAGGGGAACUGGUAGAAAUGUGUGUAUAUUUCUUUUAAUGAAGCAGAAUGAUGGAUUGAUACUUGGUUCCCUGAGAAAUCAUCAAACGGUUGAAGCUGGAACUGGGAGAAGAUAGGCAGUCUAUAUGCAGCACAAAACAACCAAGACAGAAAAAGGUAGAACAAAUAAAAAAUGAUUUUAGCACCUGUUGCCAGUUUACUGUUUUAUCAUGGCAUUUGUAUAUUGUUUCAGAAUUUGCUGAAUUUAUGCCUCAGUCCCAGUAUUCUGGGUGGUGGUUUAUUUUGGCUCAUGUUUAAAUCAGCUUUUUAAAGUGACCUUCAAUAAUUUGCAACUUGAUUUUUUUUUAAAGAAUUUCAAUUUUGUAUCUGUUCUUAGCCAUAUUUGAAAGAUGCAUUUUUUAUUUAAAGGCUAUUUAGUAUGCCAUUUUCCCAUAUGUAGUUUAUUGACAAUUACUAUUUAAAUUAUGAUUCAGAUGUAUUCCCCAGUCCACACUGUAUUGUACUGUAUUAUCUUUUUCAUGCUGUUAGCAUCGUCUAAUAGUGUAAAUGCCAUAUUGUGUCUGUUACAGAACAGUGUAGCAGAAUUGUCUGCAAAUAUUAAGGUUUGGGUUUCUUUUGUGAAUGCUUUUCAUGUAUUUUGACACCUGAAAAAUGAAUUUCCUUAAUGAAGACUUGAGGUAGAUUUCUAAAAAGUAAGAUAUUUAAACCAUUCCCCACCAUAUUCUUGCUGACCAGCGUAAUACUUUGCAAGUUGUUAAUUAUUUUGUAUGAUUUUGAAAGUUAAACAUAUAUGAAGAUUAUUUUUUCAUGCAGAGACUGUAAAAAUGGAUGAGUGCUUUUUAUUGAUACGCUCUUAAGUUGUGUAUAUGUAUAUAUAAUUUGAUAUUCAAAUAUUUGAAGAGCACAUCCCAAUUAGCAAGCCUAUUGCCUAUGCAUUAGAUUUCAGGUAUAGUUUUGGUAACAAUAAAUCAAUGUGACUUUGCUAUUGGCUUCAGUUUGAAGUGGAUUGCAGUAAGCCACACAAUUUAAAUGGCAGACCUAUUCAAAUUUGCUUUAUCAGUAUAUAUAAAUGUUUAAAUGUAAAGCAGACCAAUCGCUCAGUCCAGUUCACUGUGCAUGUAGCACUCUUAAAAUGUUCCUAUUUGUCUACAAGAUUAUGUCAUAAUAUAGGAAGUAAGAGGCCUGUAUGUUGCGCAUGUGUCUGUCCAUAAGGCCACAUAAAGCCCAGUGCCUCCAAAACUUGCCUGUUCAAAUAAUCCAAGAUUCAUCUAACAUUCCUCGAGUAUGAGGAGUAAGGAGACUUGGAUGGGGGUUUGGGAGGCAUGUACAAGCUUUCUAUUAAUUGUAAUGGCCUAAUAAGACUCCUUCAAAUGGCCUCGAAAACAUCUGAGCUGUUUUGUGCAUUCUGGGGAUCUUUCAGGGGCACUGCAUCCACAGCACCCUGGAAUGAAACCUAAGUACUCUGUGAUCCAUAUUCUUGAAUAAAGUGAAAAUAAUAGUAUAUCCUAAGAUUUAUAUUUGUUAGUAAAAUUGUGGAUCCAAAUACAGACUAGCAUUAGCCCCACUGUGGAUUAUUGUAGCAGAACACUGUAAAAUCUUCUUAUUUGCAAAUGCAAAUCAGCUGUAAAAGUGUUGAAUCAUAAACAUUUUUAGGAAAUUUAAAUAGCUGGAUUGUGAACAUGUUAGAGCAAGUUGCUUUAUAGAAAACCUAAAUUUCAUCAGGUAAGUAGAUAGGCUAUAUUAGGGAGCUGCAAUGUAAUUGAAAUAAAUUUAUAGCAGUUAAAAUGCUGUAAAUGCUCUCUGGCAUUUGCUUUUGGUGAUUGAAUUAUUUAUUAACAUCUGAAGCUCAAUUGUACAAGCUAAAAUAUUGGAUCUCUUUUUUAUGGUAACAUUUCAGCAUAAUUCACAGAAAUUAAAGAUUUGCGGCAAAUGGGCAUGAAUAAGUCUGGAAUAUUUUUCUGUAUAGCAUACGGUUUUAAAAAUAAAAUCUUAAACCUA